AUGGAGCAGGAGCGUGUGGAGGAUUUGUGGGAGCUGCUUGCCGCAGAAACGCCGCUCAAGGUCGUUGCGCUCGCUGAGAAUCCUGCGGCACAGGCAGCCAAGGCCCGUGCCAUGCUGCCACCUGGCGCAGCUCACGUCGUGGCUGCCGAGGUACAUGUUGAGUUCCUGUCCGCAGAUGUUAGCAAAGGUGACACCCUCCGAAGACUCUGCACAGAACACCUGGGCAUUUCAAUGGAUGAAGUUAUCGCCUUCGGGGAUAACUUCAACGACAUCGAGAUGCUCCAGCUCGCUGGUCAGGGCGUGGCAAUGCAGAAUGCCCGGGAGGAGCUGAAGGAGGUUGCAAGCAGAGUUAGCGAGUGGACAAACGACGACGAUGGUGUGGCAAGGGAGCUGGAGCAGCUCUUGGCUUCGUUUGCGGAGUGA